AUGCCCAGCAGCUCUCACCCGGACGCAGUCUCCAUAAACAAUGAAGCAAUUGAACCGUCCCCUCUGAAUAACUCAAACAAAAGAAAGGAAAGCCAAAUCCAGUCAUUUAGACAACAACAACAACAACAACAACAACAACAACAACAACAACAACAACAACAACAACAACAACAACAACAACAACAACAACAGUCAACCCUUAAUCAGAACCCCGGCCUGGAUACCUACUAUCCACUCCCCCGCAUCUCCACAAAAUCCCACCACCCGGCUCCCCCCCCCCUUGCCACACCACAAGAACAUUGA